UGCUAGUUAAAUUAAACAAGGACAAUGACAUAUCCUACUCAGAAUGCCAGCAUGUCUGAUGCCACAGCAGAACAAAGAUCAAACUGAUUUGGCCUCCAGGGAGGGUUUCAGGAGAAUCCCAUACAGUUUCUCAGCCUCAGAUAAGUGUGGGUUAAAAACUCUGCUCUUCAACAAGAUGUAUCUUAUCCUGUGGAACGCGGCUGUUCUGGGAAUUCUGAUCCCGCAGGUGCUGGGCAUGAAGAUAAACUAUGAUGGGGACCAGAUUUUACAAAUCAUCCCACAGUACAAGGACCAAGUCGUAUGCUUGCAGCAGAUAUGUAGGUCUUUACAGUUGGAUCUAUGGAAGCCAAUCCAGCCAGAAGAUAUCAAUGUCAGAAGUGUAGUGCAUGUCAGGAUCCCAUCCGUGGCUCUGCAGCCCGUGAAAGAGGCCAUGCUUCACUGUUCACUUUCUUUUAAAAUUCUGGUUGACAACUUAUCUCAGCUAAUGGGCAAUCCAGAGGAAACUAGACCCAGAAGGCAGCGAUCCAUCUCGGAUUAUGACUAUACAAAAUAUCAUCCAAUGGAAGACAUUUACAACUGGAUCAGUCUAAUGACAAAGAAGCACAGUGACAUGGUAACAGAGCACGACCUGGGCUUAACCUACGAGUCCAGGCCUAUGAAAUAUUUGAAGAUCAGCAAGCCUUCAAAUGCAGCUAAAAAGAUUAUCUGGAUGGAUUGUGGUAUUCAUGCUCGUGAAUGGAUUGCUCCAGCCUUCUGCCAGUGGUUUGUCAAAGAGAUAAUACAGAACCACCAAAAUGAUUCCCGUAUAGAGAAAAUUCUAAAGAAUAUAGAUCUGUAUGUCUUGCCUGUUCUAAAUAUUGACGGCUACAUCUAUACCUGGACCACAGACCGACUCUGGAGAAAAUCUCGUUCAAAGCAUGAAAAUGGCACCUGUUAUGGGGUAGAUCUCAACCGUAACUUCAAUGCGAAGUGGUGUAAUUUUGGAUCAUCUACAAAUUGUUCAAGCAAUUCAUACUGUGGAGUUUCACCUGUUUCAGAACCAGAAACCAAGGCAGUAGUUGAUUUUGUGGAGAUAAGAAAAUCAGAAAUGAUUUGCUUUCUGACAAUGCACUCCUACAGUCAAUACAUCUUAACAGCAUAUGGCUAUUCUAAGGAUCUUCCAAAGAGCUAUAAUGAAACGAUAAAAGUUGCAGAAAUGGCAGCUUCAGAGCUGAAGAAAAAGCAUGGUACAGUUUAUCAAGUGGGAAGUUUUGCUAAUCUGCUGUAUGAAGCCUCCGGGACAAGUCAAGAUUGGGUUCAUGAUCUUGGAAUUGAGUUUUCUUACACUAUAGAGUUAAGAGACAAUGGUACUUACCAAUUUGUAUUGCCAGAAGACCAAAUUCAACCUACAUGUGAAGAAACCAUGGCUGGUGUGAUGACAAUUAUUGAGUAUGUAAAUGACAAAAAUUUCCCAAACCAGGCAUCAACAAGCUGUGGGAACCUUUAUCUAUACGCUCUUCUUUCAACAUUCUUAACAAUUGUACUAUUGAGAUAAAUGAUGGGCACGGCAGAUAUGUAAAACAAGCCAAAAAACAAAAUACAGAAGCCACUUCAAUUUUAAUUUAAAGUAAAUAUCCAGCCAAAAUCUGGAGCUUUCAAUCCAGCACAAUAUAUUUUCCUACUAAGGUUACUUAUACAACAGGUCUUUUACCCCUUUUUUUCAACAGAUAGAAAUAGGGAUUGUAACACUUAAAAUGAACUGCUAGUGUUUGUUUUAAAGUAGAACUACCGAUGAUCAAAAUAACAACACUAUGCCACAUGAUAUAAAAUAUGAAUUAUUUUUUAUUAAUUACUCAUGCCAAAUAUAUCAAAAAUUCACAUAACUGUGAGAGAAGAGACAUAACUCCAUGCAAAUCAGUGCUACUACCAUGUUACUAAGGCUACUUUCACACUCGCAUUUGGUGCGGAUUCGUCAUAAAUAUGCACCGAUAAUACAACCGCAUGCAUCCAUUCAGAACGGAUCCGUUUUUGUAUUAUCUU